AUGCUGGACGGCGGUCAGUGUGAGUCAACGAAUCGUUUCUUUGCUUGGCUCUUCGCCUGGCGCCUGCUGCAUGCCCGGCCCGGUCGUCACCGCCUGCUGACGACGUCAUCGGGCCACGGUCACCGUCGUGACCGCAUCGCCGUCGUCGCCCACCGCCCGGCCCACCUGGUCCUGCCUGGCCCUGCUGCUUGCCGUCCGGUCCUGCUGCCUGCCGGGACCGCCGCCAUGGAUCCUGCCCGCCCGAGUUCCGCGAGGGGCCGUCGUGCCAGGCGGCGCCACGCUGCUGCCCCUACUGGCUCCCCUGGCACCACCCCCUCCUCAGCGACCUCGGCGCGGGACUCCGGGUUCUUCCGCGGCGGGCCCUUCAUCGCCGGCGUCGACUGCGUCGCCCUCGUCGGGACCGGCUGGUUCCGAAGCACCGGCGUCCUCACGCCCUUCUGCCCCGGUGCAACCACGCCAGCCGGCCCUGGAUGGCGACGUUCUCGCGGCCUGGCCAACCACCUGCGAUGCCACGUCGACCAGGCUGGGCCGUCCGGCGCCGCUCGCGAGUGCGCGCCUGCCCGGCAUGUGCGCCAUGUCAGCACGUCAUCUUCCGACACGUCAUCGUCCGCGUCGGGCUCUUCGUCGCCGCCAGCAGCACCCCGGGCUUCGCGACGCCUCAGGGGCUUAUCGCCCUCUGAUGCCGCACCUUCGGUGUGGCCCUCGUCGUCUCCGGCCGCCGGGUCGGGGGCCUCUUCGCCCGCGUCGAUCGCCGAACCGUCUGCCUUCGUGUACCUGUCGUCCAGCGGUUCGUCGACGUCCGUGGGCUCGGCCUCCGUCCCCGGUUCGCCGACACCAUCUCCUGCCGCAAGCCCGGCCCCCUCCGUGCAGCCCUUGUGCGACGCCGGAGAGCACGUCUUCACCUACGCCGCACAUCAGUGUCCCGACGCCUGCCGGCGUUCCCGUGGACUCGCCCGUUCUCGGGUCACCACGGUCGCCGGAUCCUGCGUCUCCAAGACCCUCGUCGUCUGCCAGGCAAGUCCUGGUACCGUACGACUUCGGGCCCUCGUCGUCGUCCUAUGGCGCGUCUCCCGCCCCGCGCGGCUCGUCGGCGGCUUCGCCCGUUGGCGAUGCCGCGUUUCUACUUGA